UCAAAAUGGAAAAUUUCGGUGAGGAUCGGGAUCCUCUUAAUAAGGAUGUUAAAUUUGAUGACAAGCCUGUUUCUGUCGAUUUCCAACGGCUUAUAGAACUGACAGAUUCCGAGAAAGGCCAGUCUCAUCUGCAAUGCCUUGUGAAGCACUGGGAAUACAAGAGGGGCAGUUCUAUUCAGGUUCUUGAGGAAGAGCUUGAUCUUCUCUGCCAACAGAGGAAAGAGAUUGAACAAAGAAUUGUACAGAAGAGGCAACAAAUCUUGGAGCGGCGACGAAUCCAUGAUGAGAGUUGUGACACUGUGAAGGGGCGAUUACCGGUACUAGAUGGAGGGAAGAUCACCCAAUCUCAUGAUCAAGAGCUUAAAACAGAUGCAGAGCACGACAGUAUUUCGUAUUGGAAAGAGAGGGCAAUGCAGUUAGAGGAAACACUUUUCAAGAGCAUAAAUUAUAUGCAGAGUGUGACAUUAUUUCGUUUUGGAAAGAGAGGGUGAUGCAAUUAGAAGAAAAACUCCAGGCAUGCCUUCAAAGGGAGAGCUCAUUGGUUGAAAAACCAGAGGGAGGAACAAGGAAUCCACUAUCACGCACACAAAUGGAUGAACUCUCUGGACUGUUAAAGCGUGCUGAUUUUUUCUUGCACUUGAUUCUUCAAAGUGCUCUUAUUGUUAUUGCUCAUCAGGAUUCUGAUUUGCGGUACCGUUUCAUAUUUAAUCACUAUCCAACACUUGCUGAUGAGGGGCAAAGCUACGUUAGGAUUAGGGGGUGCAAAUGCACCCACAACAAAGAUGCAAAACAGUGAUUAAGGUCAAUUUUUCACCAUAUAUGCACCCAUGACAUUUCAACUCUAUGCACCCACAAGGCAAGCGCACCCCCCUCUAAUUUGUUCUAGCUUCGCCACUGCUUUUAUGUGCUAUAUUCCACUACUAGA